AAAUAAUUUUGUAUUAGCCCAUACUUUAACCGUAGACGUUUUGGUGGGUGUCGUAUUCAGUGUUUCAAUAAAUAAAACUACUUGUAAAUGUUUUGUGCUACCCAUUAAUUUUGAGCUGUUUCGUGCCAGUAACAGGCAUUGUUUGUGCAGUACAUAAAGAAGAAAGUUGAAGUAGUUGGUAAUUAUUUUUGAAGUAUAAAAAUACGCCAUGGCGAGCAAUGGUUCUUACAACAACGACCGCCCGUCAUCUGGAGGUGAACCUCCAGAGUAUUCUGCUGAUCCAGCAUCGGGUAGUUUCUUUCAUUCAGACUAUAAAAAGCAUGAAGAUUUGAAACAAAUGCUGGACAGCAAUAAAGACAGCUUAAAAUUGGAGGCAAUGAAAAGAAUUAUAGGGAUGGUUGCAAAAGGAAGAGAUGCAUCUGAUCUUUUUCCAGCUGUUGUGAAGAAUGUUGUUUCAAAAAAUAUUGAGGUCAAGAAAUUGGUAUAUGUUUAUCUUGUACGUUAUGCUGAAGAGCAGCAGGAUCUGGCACUACUUUCCAUAUCAACAUUCCAGAGGGCUCUGAAGGAUCCAAAUCAGUUAAUAAGGGCAAGUGCUCUUCGUGUGCUCUCUAGCAUUCGUGUGCCCAUGAUUGUGCCAAUUGUAAUGUUAGCAAUAAAGGAUUCUGCCUCUGAUAUGUCACCUUAUGUUCGUAAGACAGCCGCACAUGCAAUACCAAAACUCUAUAGUUUAGAUCAAGAACAAAAGGAAGAAUUGGUCCAUGUUAUUGAGAAGCUUCUUUCUGACAAAACAACAUUGGUUGUUGGUUCAGCUGUCAUGGCUUUUGAAGAGGUGUGUCCAGAGCGCAUUGAUUUAAUCCACAAGAAUUAUAGAAAGCUGUGUAAUCUUCUUGUGGAUGUGGAUGAAUGGGGACAGGUCAUUAUAAUCAAUAUGCUGACACGUUAUGCUCGAACACAGUUCACAGAUCCUAAUGCUGAUGAUGUUGGUGAAGAAUCACAGAACAAACCAUUUUAUGAUGAUGAAGAUGAUGAUGAUGCAGAUGAGGGUGAUAGUGAAGAACAGAAGAAAGAGGAAAAAACAAAGAAAACAUAUACAUUGGAUCAUGACCACCGACUGCUGUUGAGAAAUACCAAGCCACUUCUGCAGAGUCGUAAUGCAUCGGUUGUGAUGGGAGUUGCCCAGCUUUACCAUCAUUUGGCUCCAAGGUCAGAAGUAAUGGUUGUAGCAAAGGCUUUGAUUCGACUGUUGAGGUCACAUCGAGAAGUUCAGUCAGUAGUUCUGAAUUGCAUAGCAUCCAUCUCCACUUUAAGAAAGGGAAUGUUUGAACCCUUCCUGAAGAGCUUCUUUGUAAGAACUAGUGACCCGACUCAUAUAAAGCUUCUGAAAUUAGAAAUUCUUACAAACUUGGCCACAGAAACAAGUAUUUCUGUGAUUCUUCGUGAAUUCCAGACUUACAUUUCAAGCCACGAUAAGGAAUUUGUUGCUGCUGCUAUUCAGGCCAUUGGAAGAUGUGCCUCCAACAUAAAAGAAGUGACUGAUUCAUGUUUGAAUGGGCUGGUGUCAUUGUUGUCUAAUAGAGAUGAGGCGGUAGUGGCUGAAAGUGUGGUGGUCAUCAAGAAAUUACUUCAGACACAGCCCAAUGAACAUAAAGACAUUAUCAUUCAUAUGGCAAAGUUGGUUGACUUCAUUACUGUUCCCCAGGCUAGGGCUUCCAUACUGUGGCUUCUUGGGGAGUAUUCAGAUCGAGUCCCAAAGAUUGCACCGGAUGUGCUUCGCAAAAUGGCCAAAACUUUCAUCAGUGAGGAGGACAUUGUGAAACUUCAGAUUCUUAAUCUUGCUGUAAAACUUUAUCUUACCAACCCAAAGCAAACAAGACUGCUUUGUCAGUAUGUGUUCAGCUUAGCCCGUUAUGACCAGAACUAUGAUAUUCGAGACCGAGCCAGGUUUCUUCGUCAGUUCAUCUUCCCAUCCGCUGGUGUGGAAAACUCCAAAUUAACAAAACACGCUAAGAAGAUAUUCCUUGCAACAAAACCAGCUCCUGUACUUGAAUCAAAAUUUAAAGAUCGGGAACAGUUCCAGUUGGGUUCUCUGUCCCAUUACAUAAAUGCUCGAGCAAAUGGUUAUCACGACCUACCUGCAUUUCCUGACGCACCUUCUGAUUCUUCUGUCCGAGAUGUUGAACUGAUUGUGCCUGUUCAAGAGACACGUGUCAAGAAGCAACACACAGUGAAGAAACGUUCUUUCUAUUCAGAAUCAGAGCAAAGCUCUCCUGUUGAUGAAGAUUCAGACGAGGAAAGCAGUGAAGAAGGUACAAGUGAAGACGAAGAUUCUUCUUCAGAAGAGGAUGAUAGUAGCAGGGAAGACAGUGAAUCGCAGAGCUCAGACAGUGAUGUACGAGAAUCAGGAGAGGAGAAAGAAACAAAGGCCAAUGCAAAACAAAAAAAGACUGAAUUGAAGAAGGCAGGAAAAGAGGACAAUAAUGAGGUAUCAGAAGAAUCUGACAGUGGUGAAACCAUGGAUGAUUCCUCUGAAGAAGAAAAGAGUGACUCAUCAGAAUCAUCUUCAGCUGAUAAGAAGAAACCAGCAGCAAAGGAAGGUCCUACCAAGACUGUCAGUGAUGACAGUACAAAGUCAGUAACGAAACCAAAGAGCAACCUUGACCUUCUGUUAGAAUUGGAUGAUGUUCCGCCAACUAUAACACCUGUACUCACACCAUCUUUAGGUGGGUUCCUCACACCUCUUUCAACACAUGGAAUGCCUAUUACAUCAGUUUCUAUUCAGCUUGCAAGUCCAAGUUUCAUUCCCAUGAAAACAACAGAAUUGCUGAACAAGAUCAGUGGCCGAGGGCUACACAUACUUUCCCGUUUCACUCGGUCACCACACCUUUUUUCUCCAGCUAUGGUGUCUAUUGAGCUCACAUUUACUAACUUGAGUUCUGAAGAGCUGAUGGACAUCAGAAUUAGUCAGAAAAAUCUGCCAUCUGGUAUGUCUAUGCAUGACUUUGCAAUGAUUUCGGUUCUGCCAAUAAAUGCUACCGUUCCUGGGACAAUAGGUGUGGAUUUCAAUGACUCAACGCAGCCAGUGAGCUUUAACAUUACUGUGGGAGGACACCAUAAUCAAGUCACUAUUAGAGCUCCAGUAGGCGAGUUGAUUCGAGCAGUCACCAUGCCAGAGCCUCUCUUUAUCACUGAACAGAGUAAACUGAGAGGUAUGAAUGAACACAAUGCUGUGCUGAAUUUGGUUUCAUCUUGUAUUGAUCAAAAGACAAUUUGUCAGCGAGUCUUUGAAGCAGCCAAUGUAGCAUCUAUUCCUAGCACUGAUUCAAAAUCUCUCAGGUUUGCAGGUCAGACCUUGUCUUCAAAGUCUUUGGUCCUGGUAACAAUUAAAAUACUGGAGAACGAUCAAGCCAACAUUUCUGUUAACUGUGAAAAAAUGGUAAUAGGUUCCAUGUUGCUGAAUGAAAUUAAGAGUUAUUUAAGGAACUAAUUAUGAAGUUCGUGAUACAAGUCUAUGAUUAUGAUUAUUUUUACAGUGUUACAGCAGGUACUGUUUCUUUCCUCAUGCAUUUAUUGGACUUCUAAGUGAAUAAGGGUCAUUCCCAAAUAUGAUUUAUGUGAUAUAUCAUCUCCAGAUAUUUAAUGAAGUAGAAAGUGAAAAAAGAGCAUUCCAGAAUAGGUAUGAUCUGAUAAAUACAGUUUAUCAUUAUGAUCUUCAUAUAUCAGUUUAAUGACAGGCAAGGUAAGAUGAAACAGAAUUUCUCAAAAGCUCAUAGGAACAUACUGAGUCUUUGUCCUUUGUGUUUUUUUUGUUACCACGCUGCUGGUUUUUUUAUCUUGAACAAUUCUAUUCAUAACAUUGGGUCCUCCAGUUUUUCAUAUUUUGUUGAUAAAAUAUUGGUUUGGAUUUAUAGGAAUGCGGCCAUUCACUAUGGAGUGGCUCCAGAAGGGGGAAUUUGGUACUGUAAAAAUGUUUCAGUGUAUAUCAUGAAAAGUAUGUAAACCAACCGACAGCAUGAUUUGAAAGACUAUAGUCUACCUGUAGGCCAUGCCCUAGGUGACAUUGCUUAUCAUGCAUGAUCAUAUGUGGGUCUGCUGUUUCUCAUUUGUGUUUCUGUGGAAGCAGAGCAAGAUGGUGUAACUGAGAAGAGUGAGUCACGCUUUUGUUUGAGAAUAGUUACUUAAAAUUUUAUGUAAGUAGCAAUCUGAGAGAUACAGAUAUGGGAUAUGAGUUUUUAAAACAUGGUAUCAGUUAGAAUUCUGUAACCUCUGUAAUGAGUUGAGAGUUUUCAUUACAGAUCUUGAGAAGCAUAUAACGUUGCCUUCAACAUUUGAAUAUAUAAGUAUGCUUACCUGUUCACAUUUCUGUACAGAAUGACUAAUUGUCAGAAACUAAUAAUUGUGGUUAUUGCUUUCUACUAAAGUGUCCAGGUUGAACUUCUUGGAAGUACAGACUCUCAUGUGCAAGUUAAUGUUAUCUUUACAAGUUGUGAUUCUACAUAAAUACUGUAAUUAAAUAUGUGUAUAACACAGUAAUGAUUCUGUAAUGAAUAAAAUUGUGGACUUUGGAUGAUACA